CUAUUUGUAUUUACUUGUUUCAAGAAUAUGUUUAUAUAUAGUGUGGCUAAUUUCAUUUUCAAUCUUAUCUACUCCUCAUAAAAUUAACUUUUGCUUCUUUUUUUUUUUAGCUCACUUUCAUAUAUGUUCUUGAUUCUUGAAAUUUAGCCCACUUAGUUUUUUUUUUUCCUUCUUUUUUUUUACUUUCCUAUGUGAAAGAUUUUAGCUUUUUGGGUUUUUUAAGCUCACUUUCAAUUCUUAGCUAUAGUUUUAUCAAUUGUAUGCAUAUGCAUAUAUAUGUUCUUGAUUCUUGAUAUUUAGUCCACUUAGUUUUUUGUUUUUGUUUUUUGGGUACUUUCCUAUGUGAAAGAUUUGAGCUUUUUGGGGUGUUUGUUGCUUUUAGCUCACUAUCAAUUCUUAGCUACAGUUUUAUCACAUUAUGUUCUUGAUUCUUGAAAUUUAGCCCCCAUAGCUUUUCUUUUGCUACUUUACAUAUGAAAAAUUUGAGCUUUUGGGGUUUUUGUUCUUGAAAUUCUUGUGAUUUUUUUGGAAGGGAAAUUGAGUUACCCUUUUGGAAAGUCUACUUUUUGUUUGAAAAAGAGCAUUUCAAUUUUGAGGUUUUCAUUUUUUAUUUUUUAUUUUAUUUUAUUUAUGAGAAUGGGAUUGGUGUUUGUUGUACAAAGAAGCAAAUUCAAGAUUUAAAGCUGUUGAAGGGAUAAUUCGCAAAUGGAGCGACAUGAACAGUGAGGAUUCAGAUAGCCGACACCAGUUUGUUUGCGAUUGAGGCAUAUUAGUAGUAGUUGUUGAGGCAUAAUAAAAGAGAAUUCUUUUGGGUAUUUAAAGUAUGGAUCAUAGAAGUAAUCAGCAGCAACAAAUGACAUCUGGUUUAACUCGAUAUCGAUCCGCGCCAAGUUCUUAUUUUUCCAACCUAUUGAAUAGUAAUGAUAAUCCAGGUGGUGUUGUUGCUGGUGGUGGUGGUGGGAAUUGUGGUUAUGCAAGAGAUGAUUUUGAUCAGUUGCUCAAUCCUCGCGCUUCGAAUAAUACUGGUAUAAAGCAAGUUUUUGAUAGAUUUGUAGCUAAUAUUGGUCCUCAAGAUUUGAAUCCGAAUGGCCUAAUUGGCGAUACUCAGCAAAUUCAGCAAAAUCCAAUGAGCAAUAUGAAACAAGAACUUGAAGCUCAGCAACAGCAGAUGAAUCAGAAUGCACAGUUUAUUGCACCUGUGAAACAAGAAAUUACUCAGCAGAAUAGUGAUUAUUCAUUGGCUUCGCAGAUGAAUUAUCAAAAUCAAGCUCAAGCUCAACAAAAUCAAAAUUCAGCAGACUUUACUUCAGCAAUGGAUAGUUUUUCCAGAUAUUUGGGUUCAGUAGAUUCUAAUCGUUUGAACCAGACGAAAAUGGAUGGUGGAUUUGGUGCUGGUAGUAGUAAUUCGAAUCUUGCUCGUUAUAACAGUUCGCCUGCUGGAUUCUUUGCACAAGUUAAUAUUGAACAUGAAUAUGGUGCAUUGAGAGGCAUGGGGAAUUAUGGAGCUGGUAGUAGUCAAGUGGCUCUCUCAUCGGGACAACCUCAUUCUUCGGGGCUAUUAGCUCCAAUCUCCGAAUUUGGAGCUAAAAGCAUAGAAGAGAGCAGACAAGGCAAUGAAAGUUUUGGUAAAGGCCAUAAAAACGAUGAGAGUUACAUGACAGGUUUCCCAAUGCCUACUUGGGAUGAUUCACAAAUUUUGACUGAUGAUUUCCUACAAGUGCCAGAAGAUGAUGAGGCCGGGCAAUUCUCCAAUGUAAAUGCACCUGAUAAUCAGAGCAGUGAAGGUCGAGCUCGUCCUCCCCCUCUAUUGUCUCAAAUGAGUUUACCUCAAACCUCCGCAGAGUUAUCCGCCAUGGAGAAACUCUUGCAAGAUUCAGUACCUUGUAAAGUCAGAGCAAAGAGAGGUUGUGCCACUCAUCCUCGUAGCAUCGCCGAAAGGGUAAGAAGAACGCGAAUAAGUGAAAGAAUGAGGAAGCUGCAAGAGCUUGUCCCCAACAUGGACAAGGUAAUCUUAACUACCAAUUUUUCCCAAAAUAUGAAUGUUUCUCGGUUCUACAAAAACGCCGACGGGUGCGUGUCUGAUCCUCCAAAGCAAACAAACACAGCUGAUAUGUUGGACUUUGCAGCUGACUACAUUAAAGAACUAGAGACACAAGUCAAGGCACUAUCGGAAACACGUUCAAAGUGUACGUGCUCGCCUAAAUAGAAACGCCACAUUCAAAAUGAUAAGGUCGAGCAAUUGUCGUGCACAAUUCUAGUGGGAUAAAAAAGAUUUGACAAUGGAAAUAUAGCUAGCAGAUAAGUGGAUUCUCUUUGGCACUUGGAAAAAGAAUGAGAAUGGGUUGCCAUUUUUUGGUGUGUGAAAAAGAUAGAUGCAUCUGAUAUAAAAAUUAAUGGAGUACCUAACUCUGUACAUAAAUUUCCAUUGUCUAUUUUUCUUGACCUGUUGUAUUAUGUGAAAGGAAUAGAAUGUUAGGACUUUAUCAGUUGCUUUUGUGUGACUACGUAGUAAGAGGUUGUUAGGUCCUUUUAUUAUGAUGAGUAAAUGUAUGUUGCCAUUUAUCAACUCUUUUUAGAUGAAAGGAAGCAUAUCAUCUUUAAACCUAGUA